AUGGCCCGCGCAAGAACCUACUCGGAGGCGAUCCGACUGCUCAACACGUGCCAGUCGAAUGCCGCCACGAUCGAGGCGAUCCGCAAGUCGGGCGGCCGCCUCAACGAGUGGGGUAUCAAGGAGAUGCUCGACUACCUCCGUCGUAUCGGGUACGCGCCGGACGAUCUGAACAAGCUCAAUGUCGUGCACAUCACCGGCACCAAGGGAAAAGGCUCGACUUCGGCGUUUACGGAGCGUAUCUUGCGCUCUCAGAUUGGAGGCAAGGUCGGCUUAUACACCUCGCCCCAUUUAUGUGCUGUGCGCGAGCGUAUUCGCGUCAAUGGCGAGCCUCUCAGCGAAGACGACUUUGCAAAGUACUUCUUUGAGGUGUGGGAGCGCCUCGAGGCUGAUCCCAAGACCUUAACCGACCAUACCCCCGUCUUCCCGAUCUACUUUAGGCUUCUGACCCUCCUUGCCUUCCACGCUUUCCUGUCCAUGGGCGUCGACGCGACUGUCCUCGAAGUGGGCAUUGGCGGCACAUACGACAGCACGAACAUUGUCCCCCGCCCCGUCGUUACGGGCGUCUCGGCGCUCGGACUCGACCACACUGCCGUGUUGGGAAACACGAUCGAGGAGAUUGCAACCAACAAGGGCGGUAUCUACAAGGCCGGCGUUCCUGCCUUGAGCGUGCCGCAGGAGCAGGCUGCGGGUCUGGCCGUCCUGCGCGCAUGUGCCGAAAAGGUGGGCGCGCCAUUCGAGAUUGUUCCCCCACUUCCGGCCAGCGUCUCCCUCGGCCUGCGCGGCGAGCAUCAGCGCGUUAAUGCCUCUCUUGCUGUCGGGCUGGCGAAGCGUUUCCUCCAGGCCACGGGCCGGAGCGUGGACGGCACCGACUUUCCCGAGGCGUUCAAGGCGCCUCUAGCGGCUACGCGCUGGCCUGGUCGUUGCCAGGCUGCCAAAGACGACAAGGACAGCAACAUUACCUGGCUCCUGGACGGUGCGCACACUGUCGAGAGCCUGCGCUCUUGUGGCGAGUGGGCAUGGGCCGAGGAGGCGACUAAGCCUACAGCACUCAUCUUCAACACGUCGGGAGGGCGCCAGAGCGAGAUCCUCCUCGCUGCGCUGCUUGACGCCGGUGCCGGUGCUGCGGGAACGGAUCGUGCCACCCUCGGGGCGGGAUUCACAGACGUCAUCUUCUGCACCAACGUCACGUACACCGACGGUCACUUUAAGGGCGACCUCACGGCCGCCGCGAUUGACCCCAACGACCUAGCUGCGCUCGCCACCCAGCGUGCCCUCGCGGACGCUUGGACAAAGUUGGUCCCCGGUUUCAGCGGCAAGGUGCACGUCGUGCCCAGCAUCGAGCACGCCGUCAACAUUGUCCAUGAGGAGGAGGGCCCACGCUCCGUGCUUGUGGCUGGCUCGCUCCACCUCGUCGGAGGCGUCAUGGAGGUUGCGGGCCUGCAGAACGCGCUCUCGAUGGAGUAA